GACUCUUGAAAAUCCCGGAACAGGUCACCUCCGCCAGCAGAGAAAGCUGACGAGCAAUACGGGCGCACAUAUUUCUGCUUUGAUCCAAACUUUUCUACUAUCUCUCGCGACAAGUUCGUCUGCCACGACCGACGCGCAGGUAUAACUAAAGGGACACUGAGCCGCGGCCCCAAGGUGCGAGUGAGUCCACGUCCCUCCGCGGAGAUGAGCAGUCCCGAUGCGGGCUACGCCAGCGACGAUACAAGCCAAGCUCGCGGCACCAGCUCAGUCAUGAUGCCCGGCGUGGGCCAGUGCGCGUGGACAGACCCGCUGAGUCCGCUCGCAGACACCAAAGUGAAGAGCGACGCGUGCGCUGGCGGUCCUGGGCGUGGGAAGAGCGAACCGCGCAUCCGCAGGCCAAUGAAUGCAUUUAUGGUUUGGGCAAAAGAUGAGCGAAAGAGACUUGCACAGCAAAAUCCUGACCUGCACAACGCUGAACUCAGCAAAAUGCUCGGUAAGUCGUGGAAGGCGCUGUCAGUGGUGGACAAGCGGCCAUUUGUGGAGGAGGCCGAGCGGCUGCGCGUGCAGCACAUGCAGGACCACCCAAACUACAAGUACAGGCCCCGGCGUCGUAAGCAGGUGAAGAGGAUCAAGCGUCUGGACUCCGGCUUCCUGCUGCCUGGGACGUCUGAGCCCCAGACCCCUCUGGGCAUGGAGAGUCUGGGGGUGGGCUAUUCCCUGCCCCCCACCGGCAUGCCCCAGGGGAGUCUGCCACAGUACUGUGAUACCCAGGGUCUCUUUGAAAACUACAGUCUGCCCACACCUGACUCCUCCCCAAUGGACGAGCUGGGGACAGAGACCACAUUUUUCGCUGUCCAUCCUCAGGAGGAGAGUUCCCAGGGAGCUUAUGGCUACAGUCAGCACCAAGACUACGUGCCCCAUGGGCACCCUCAACAUAUUGUCAACACACACAUUCAUGGCGGUGGGCAGGGAGAGGUGCAUCCUCACGUCACAGCACACUCUCAUGGCGGUGUGCACCAAGGGGUCAACCCACACACACUCGUUAGUGCACACUCCCACAGCAACAGCCAAACCAAUCUGAUAACCAGCACACACUCUCAGGAACUGGGCAGUACGAAUGUCAGUGCACAGAUGGGCCACAAUAUCAAUGCUCCCCACAAUCCUCUUCACUCCCAUCCACUGUCUCAGGUACUCUUCAACAGAAACCUAUCGGCUGGCUCCAAUCAGGGCCCACCCCCUGCCUACCUGCCCUGCCAGUCCACCCUAGGCGUGUUCUAUAACCCUGCCUCUCAAGUGAAGCAUACAGUUGAGGAUCUAUCACCUCCCCAGGAGAGUCAUACACAUCCACAUACCCUUGCUGAACAGCACUCACGCACUCCUACAGAAGCACACCGCCAUGGUCCUGAGAUGCUGAGUGAGGUUGACACUAAUGAAUUUGAGCAGUAUCUCUCAUAUGGGAUUCCUCAGGCACCCAUGCAGGGGCCUGACCUAAUAUCCUCUGUAUUGUCAGAUGCUAGCACUGCUGUGUACUACUGUAACUAUAGCAACACAUGAGUUCUCUACAUCACAAGAGCAGUUCCUGACUUAGCAAACACAUUGUCCCAUGUUUAUGUGUUCACAAAGCACACUAGGGAAGGGAGUGAAAAGACCUAUAAAGGUUGGUAAUUAUAUAAAUUGAUUGAAUUUUUAAUGAAACCUUCAAAUGUUUUAAUAUGACACCAUAAAACAAAAACCUCUGUAAAUAUCUUAUUUUAUAAAUAAAAUGUACAGUGAU